AUGGCGACGCCUGCCAUUAUCAACUUACCAAUGAUGAUCCGAGACACCUCUGGUGUUUGGAUGUCGCCAUCUCUUGAAACAUCUGCCAGUGGUAUGACAACACCUACGGAAGCAGAUGAUCAUGGGGGGUCUUCUAGUAACGGCACAAAGAAGGACUCGCCGGCUGAUCCUUCGAAUGCUGAGAUUGGCGAGACUCAGGACGACACGCCGCCAUACCACAUUUUCACGAAGCGUCAAAAAUGGAUUAUAGUGUGUCUAGUCUCUAUGGCAGGCACCUUCUCCCCACUCUCGUCAAAUAUAUACUUCCCUGCGAUAAGUUCGAUUUCAUCAGACCUCGGUGUGAGCGAGGCCGACAUCGCCCUCACAAUUACAGUGUAUAUGAUUGUGCAGGGCAUAUCACCGUCCUUAUUUGGGGCGAUAUCGGACUCUGUAGGGCGUCGCGUCACGCUUGUGACAGCUCUGGUAAUAUACACUGGAGCAAACUUGGGUCUGGCCUUUACCUCGAGCUUCCCGAUGCUGCUGGUUCUCCGGGGAGUACAGGCAGCCGGAUCCUCUGCAACCAUUAGCAUCAGCGUGGGCGUCAUUUCUGACAUAGCCUCGGCAUCUGAACGGGGAGGAUUUAUAGGAACUAAUGCCGGGAUGAGGAUGGUUGGUCAAGCGAUUGGACCUGUCAUUGGCGGUCUUCUCAACAGCGCCUGGGGUUUCCGCAGCAUCUUCUGGUUCUUAUUCUGCCUAAGUAUCCUGGCUCUCGCCCUUCUGGUAGUUCUACUGCCAGAGACGCAGCGUGAAAUCGCAGGCAAUGGCAGCAAAUCAUUGUCCGGUCUCCACCGGCCCUGCAUCUUCCUGGCCAGACCGCCCAAUGUGACAGGUCCUGCUGCCACAUCUUCUCCAAACCUGCGCCCUUUCAAGUUUAAGAAGGUGGUUCAACCCUUAGCACACGUGUUUAAGAAGGAUAUAUUGAUCCUUCUCUCAUGGGGUGCAGUGGUAUACAGUCUAUGGAGCAUGGUGACCUCGUCAACCACAACGGUCCUGCUACAAACGUUUCCCAGGCUAACCCAGUGGCAAAUUGGUCUCUGUUUUCUACCCAACGGGAUCGGAUGUGUCCUCGGCUCUCUUUCCACUGGGUGGCUCUUGGAUAAGACUUUCAAGCGCGUAGAGGUGGAAUACCAGAAGCAGCACGGCUUACACUCCAUCGACGGCAAGAAAUCUAAGGACUUUCCAUUUGAACGCGCUCGCCUCCCGCUCAUGCCAUACUUUAGCUUUGUUUUUAUCGUAUCUUUGGCUCUAUACGGUCCAAGUUACGAGUUUAACGACCUGAGGAGCGAGUUUGCGCCAAACCUCAUCGCUUCGUUGGGUUCGCAGUUCAUCCUUGCAUUCACUGCGACUGCCGUCUUCAACAUCAACUCCACCAUGCUCAUAGACAACUUCCCUGAUGGUGCGGCCGGCGCAACAGCGACUAAUAAUUUGUGUCGAUGCCUUCUGGGUGCCGUUGGUGUCAGCGUGAUACAACCCCUGAUCGACGCGGUGAAGAUCAGGAACGCCUUCUUGAUCCUGGCAGGUGUUGCAGUCUUGUUUUCGCCGCUCGUGUGGGUUCAAUGGAAGUUGUGCGAGAAGUGGAGGAUGCAGAGACAGCAGAAGUAA